CAAGUUCUCCUUAAAACUGUUUCUCUCCAAUCGAAACCGAAAGUAUGUUUGUAUUAACGGUAAAGGAAGUUAUCCCAGUCUGGAAAAAUCAGUUCAGCUGGACAUGUUAGUUCUCGGUGUGUGUUAGCGCACUUUGUGUUAAUUAGUGACUAAACAUGUGACUUUUUUCACGAAGGAAAGGAGAGGAAAUUGUGUGUAUUUGUCACAAGACAAGAUAUUCAGCUAAUUACACUGGGGAAGUUUUUUAGAGAGACAUAAUGGUGUGUUCUUCAGUCACUCGGUGUUUCUUCGACUAUUCCACUCCUAAAAUCUUAGUGAUCCAGAGUAAGAAAGUGGGAGCUAUUUACCGCUUAGGCCAGGCUCUGGUAAUAGCAUACAUUGUUGGAUAUGUGUGUAUUCUGAAGAAAGGCUACCAGGACACUGACUCUGUCAUCAGCUCAGUCACUACCAAGGUGAAAGGUCUAGCACUGACCAACACAACGGACCUGGGCCUGCGCGUCUGGGAUGAGGCCGACUACAUUGUCCCCCCUCAGGUAGUCCGUUGUUCUAAGAAAGAAAAGGAGGAGAAUUCAUUCUUUGUGUUGACGAACCUGAACAUCACACCAAACCAAACACAGUCACGAUGUGCUGAGAAUCCUGGACCUGAAACAUCAUGUGUCUCAGCUCGAGACUGUAAGAGAGGAUUUCAUGACAGUCGCCGAAAUGGAGUGCAGACUGGCAGGUGUGUGAACUUUUCAGAGACCGAGAAGACUUGUGAGGUGUAUGCCUGGUGUCCUCUGGAGAAAGACAACAAUCCUCCAAAACCUCCAAUGCUGGCAGAAGCAGAAAACUUCACUGUCUUAAUAAAAAACAGCAUUCAAUUCCCCAAAUUUAAAUUCAACAAAAGAAACAUACUGUCCCAUGUAAACAGCACCUACUUGUCGAAGUGUGUGUUUAACCGUAAAACAGAUCCAGACUGCCCAAUCUUUAGACUUGGAGACAUCGUGUCUGAGGGUAAUGAGGAUUUCCAAACCAUGGCAGUUCAGGGGGGAGUGAUGGGAGUGCAGAUCCGCUGGGACUGUGAUCUGGACUUGUCCGAAAAGUCAUGUGUCCCUCAAUAUACAUUCCGCAGAUUAGAUAAUAAGGAUCCAGACAACGUUGCGCUAGGAUACAACUUCAGGUUUGCAAAAUAUUUCAAUAAUGCAGAGGGCCAAGAGAUCAGGACGUUAAUCAAAGGCUACGGCAUCCGCUUUGAUGUUAUGGUCUUUGGAACUGCAGGGAAAUUCAACAUUAUCCCAACACUGCUGAACAUCGGGGCUGGCUUAGCACUCCUUGGCCUGGUAAAUGUGGUGUGUGACUGCAUUUCUCUGACUUGUAUGACGAAAAAACACUAUUACAGAGAACAGAAAUAUACUUAUGUCAAUGACUAUGAAAUCUUGUCCAAAGAUGAACCAUAGAAGUAACUCUGUCAUGACAAGAAGAUUCGCUGGGUGCCUGUUGGCAGAUAUUGAUAUUGUUGCAUUGUGUAUUAUUGCACUGAAAAUUUUUGUUACUUUUAUAAAUCAAUUAAAUGUAAAUGAGCUCA